UUUGGAAAUAUGUAUAAAAUAGACAUUUAAUGUGAAUGUUACCUAAAAAUGUUUAAUACUAGUGCUUUAAUGCAGACAAAAUAACGAAUAAUUCAUGAUUGCAGUGAAAAGGUUCAAAUGAAUGUGAGAAUAAACAUAAUCCGGAUGAAUGGAGAAUGAGCAACAGUUGUCCUGCUUUGCUGAUUUCUGUUUUAUAAUUCCAGAAACCUCCAAUCAGAGGGUUAUCUAUAUAUCUGCCUGCGGGGACCAAGCCGGGACCCGCUACAUUAUAAAAGCAGAUUACAUUGUUUGGUGGUACAGAGAUGAAGGACUCCAAUCAGUACACUUUUUUUCUUUUUGUUUUUUAUUUAAGGAAAGUUAUUGCAAAUGUUAUCUCACUAUUAAUGAUCUUUUAUGCAUGGAACCUAAAUUCUUUGUCAACAAGUCUGAUGAUGUUUUUGAGGACAAACAUUUCUGCAAUCAAUCAACAAAUGUAUCUGGCAUGAGCACCUUCACCACCACCACAUAUUUAUUAUGUGUUUCUGUUGGCUGUUUAUCAGUUCUUAUAAUGUUUGGAAACCUUCUUGUAAUAAUCUCCAUCAUUUACUUCAAACAGCUCCACACUCCUACAAACUACCUCAUUCUGUCUCUCGCUGUAGCUGACCUGCUUGUUGGCCUUUUAGUUUUGCCUUUUAGCACCAUACUGGCUGUAAGUUCAUGUUGGGAUCUUGAAUAUUUACUCUGUAAGGUACGAACCACCUUUGAUAUCUUUCUGUGCACAUCCUCUAUUUGGAACUUGUGCUUCAUUUCUGUUGAUAGAUAUUAUGCUGUGUGUCAGCCUCUGAGGUACAGAGCUAAAAUAAAUGUCCGUGUUGUUGUGAUCAUGAUCCUGAUGAGUUGGAUUUUUUCUGCUUUAAAUGGAAUUAACAUCACAAUUUUGGGAGUAAACCAAGAACAGUAUAAGAUAUGUGUCUUUUAUUACACACUAAGUUCAGCAGUUAUGGGAAUUGUUUCAGCUUUUUAUCUCCCAGCUAUCACAAUAUCAACUAUCUACUUGAAGAUUUUGAUGGUGGCACAGAAACAGGCACACAGCAUCCAAAACACAACCUGUCAGAGCACAAAGUGUGAAAAUAAGAGGGAGAGAAAAGCCACCAAAACUCUGGCAAUUGUAGUGGGAGUUUUUCUCAUCUGUUGGACCCCUUAUUUUCUUUGUAUGACCAUCAACCCUUUCAGUAAUCAUACAAUACCAGUUGCUGUGAUUGCAGCAUUUAAGGGGUUUGGAUGGUCAAAUUCAAUGCUCAAUCCUUUUAUCUAUGCCUUCUUUUAUAGCUGGUUUCGAUCAGCUUUCAGAAUGGUCAUUUCAGGAAAAAUAUUUCAAGGUGAUUAUUGUAAUUCUAAGCUGGUUUGACUCAUUAUUUUAAGUGCAGAAAUGUUAGUAAAGUUAUCAAUAGUUUGUCAAUGAACAUCUCUUUUGCAAUGCAGAUCGUACUGUAUAUUACACAUGAAAACUGUCACUUUGCUGUGCAUGCAAGCAUCUGUAUGUACUACUUGGUGUACUGAUUGUAUAUAUGAGAUAUAUAGAUACUGCAUUUAUUUACAGACUGCAUCUAUAUGUUGAAUUCAGGAGUGGAUAUCUGUCUUUGUAAACAAAACUUUAGGAAUUGA